CAUUCUACCGUCAUAAGAAAGAAAACGUGAAAGGGGGACUGAAGGGUUUUGUCUUGGGAGAACCCUAACGCCGCCUUGCAUAGCAGCAGCUCUGCUUCCAAAAUGGAUCCGCAACCCGAACCUGUUAGCUACAUCUGUGGAGACUGUGGGCAAGAAAACACCCUGAAGCCUGGCGAUGUGAUUCAAUGCCGUGAAUGUGGUUACCGCAUCUUGUACAAAAAGCGAACCCGUAGAAUUGUGCAGUAUGAAGCACGCUGAAGGCAAUGUGAAAGCUCAAGCAUAUAGAGUUGGUUGAUUCUGUCUCACUUGGUAGAAGGAUGUGCAUCUAUUUUGAUACUAAUGCUGGACGUAUUAUGAUAUGGUUUCUGUUGGAUUGUCUCAAACAAUUACUUGUCAACAAUGAAAUGAACAGGCAUUGAUACAGUUUGUUUGAGAGGUUUUAUUGAUUUGUUUUCUCUUCCUAAAA